AUGGAUGAAUGCGAGGAGAAAAGCAGAGAACUACUGACUAGAUUCAUCGAUGAUGCGUCCUCGGCAGAAGAGCUGCUCAAUAUAAAGUGGCUCGUCUCCAGUCGGCCACUACCAGAAAUACCAGCAAGUGUGCAGGACCCCACUCUGCCCACACACAGUCUUCUGAAGCUCGAUGGACAUGACAUGUCGCACUCUAUCGACAGAUAUAUUGAUAUCAAGAUGGUUCAGCUUAGGCAUAAGGCACGUAAGAAGAAUCGUGUCGAGGAACUAGCUGCUAAAUUGAAAGCUGAAGCAAGCAACACUUACAUCUGGGUGUCAUUAGUCUGCAGAGAGCUCAUUAACUCCCACGAAUUUAUGUGGGCCGAAAUUGUCGACAAAAUUCCAAAAGAUUUGGAAGACCUCUAUGGCUACCUGCUAGAUAGAUUGGCCAAUUUAAACUCCGAAAUUAUGUCAUCAUGCUGCAGGAAUGUCCUCAUGGCUGCUAUGGUUGCUAGAGAUCCCCUGGCCUUGUCCGAGAUUGAAAUUCUCGCAGAACUUCCAGAGGGUGAAGAUACAGCGGAAGCAGUCGUCCAGGAAUGUCGGUCCUUUCUGACCAUUCGAAACAAUACCGUGUACCUGGUCCACCAAUCAGCGCAAGAUUAUCUGCAAAAGCAUUAUCGAAGACUCUACAAUGUCUCGUCGGCCACGCUUCAUCACCAAUUGUAUAAGAGAGCCCUCCAUGGUUUGAGAAAGAACUUGAAGCAAAACAUAUAUGGCGUGUCUCAUUACGGAAUUGCGAUACAAGAUGUGCAAAUCCCCAAUCCAGACCCUUUGAAUUGUAUUCGGUAUGCAUGUCGCUACUGGGUCUAUCAUCUAGUUCAAAGUGGCUGCACGUCCACAGACAUGGAGGAUAUUCUUUCGUUCUUCAACACACACUUUCUUCACUGGCUAGAGGCAAUGGGUUUGCUGGGGCUGUUUUCCGAUAUUGUGAGGCUUGUCGGUCAAUUGAAAUCCAGUUCAGAAACUAAGAACGUGCCGGUACUGUUGGACUUUCUAAUGGACGCCGAAAGAUUCAUAUUGCAGAACCUGCCAAUUGCGACCGCAGCGCCUCUCCAGCUCUAUGUCUCCUGUCUCAUAUUCUCGCCGGAGAGAAGUAUCAUCAGGUGCAUGUUCCGAAAGAAAGUCUGCAAAUGGAUCCUACGAACAGUUGGCACUGAUACGGAAUGGGGUGCGCUGCUCCAAACACUUGAGCAUUCAAAUCGGGUAUGCUCUGUUGCAUUCUCUACAGAUGGACUGCUGGUGGCAUCGGGCUCUUCAGAUAAAAUGGUCAAAGUCUGGGACUCGUUCACAGGGAAUCUACAAAAGAUACUUGAUCAUCCAAGUUGGGUUAGAGCUGUGGCGUUUUCACCAGACAACAAGCUACUAGCUUCUGGGUUGAGUGAUGGUAGUAUCAGGCUAUGGAAUACAAUCACAUGGCGUGAAACAGGAAGACUCGAGCAAUCAGGAGACAUCGCUCAUCUAAUGUUCUCUCUGAAUAACCAGCUAUUGGGGUCUGCAUCGUUCAAUGGUGUUGUGAAGGUGUGGGAGAAGGGGACGUGGAGACUUAGGUGGGAAUGGCGACCCUCGGGCUCAACGUCAUCGCUCGCGCCCACGGCCAUUUCUCUAAACGGUCAGGUAUUGGUAGCAGCUACAAUACGCGCCUAUGCUCCUAAUACAGUGGUUUUGGUGAAUAUAGAGACUGAUACUAUAGUGCACGAGCUCGCUCACUUGGGCAAGAUCACGAAUGUGGCAUUUUCCCUUGACAACCGGAUGUUGGCCUGUACCUCAGAUGAUAGAACUAUCACACUGUGGGACACUGCGACUUGGAAUAUUAAGCACACAAUUCAUGACGAACAUGUGCUUGAUUUGACCGUGUUUUCCCCGGAUAGCAAUCUCAUCUCUGCAGGUCCAUUGCAAAACUCCGUUCAACUGUGGAGUACAAAAUCCGGAACGCUAGAACAAACACUAAAGGGUCAUGUUAACCAUGCUACAACUGUUGCCUUCUCACCUGAUGGCCAGUUGGUGGCAUCGGGGUCAUAUGAUAAUACAGUCAAGCUAUGGAAGGUGGCCCCGGGGAGGGAGGAGCCAAGCAUGGAUCAUCACUCAGAGCCAAUAGAAGGUGUGAUACUAUCACCAGAUGGUCGGUUGGUCGCAACAUACUCUUUGGAUUCCACAGUCAAAUUAUGGGGUGCAGAGAAUGGGAGAUUGGUGCGAACCCUCAAAGGCCACCACGACGAAGUGACAGCAGCUGCCUUCUCUCCAAGCAGCAAGCUACUCGCCUCUAGUUCAUCUGAUCGGACAGUCAGAGUAUGGAAUACCGAGAACGGGCAACAGAAAUGGAAAUUCGACCAUGGUAAUGAAAUGCUAUGCCUGCUCCAUUUCUUUGCGGAAAACCAAGUGCUGGCUACCGAUUUCGGGCAAAAAACAUUUCGAAUAUGGAAUACACAAACAGGACACCCUGAACAGACUGGUGGCAUCUAUGAUCCUCGCAUUCGAAGUAUACUUCCUACCAAUCCUACAAAACAAGACAUGUCUGCCAAGUGCAAGAUCUCUGUUGAGGACGACUGGGUAAUUCUUAAUAAUAAGAAAAGUAUUUGGUUGCCUCCAGAAUACCGAAACAACGAAUUUGACAAUGCAUGGGCAACUCGGGAGAAUGAUCUUAUAAUUGGGGCUCAAUCCGGCCGAGUUUACUUCGUUUGGUUUGAUCCAGAUGCAUUGAAAGAUGUAUGA